AUGGCUCGGCAGAUGUUCGUGACUUACAAUCCCUGGAAUUGUUUGCUACUGCUAGUGGCUCUUGAGUGUUCUGAAGCAUCUUCUGAUUUGAAUGAAUCUGCAAAUUCCACUGCUCAGUAUGCACCUAACGCUUGGUUUGCUGCUGCCAGCUCAGAGCCAGAUGAAGGGAUAUCUGUUUUUGAACUGGAUUAUGACUAUGUGCAAAUUCCUUAUGAGGUCACUCUCUGGAUACUUCUAGCAUCCCUUGCAAAAAUAGGCUUCCACCUCUACCACAGGCUGCCGGGCCUCAUGCCAGAGAGCUGCCUCCUCAUCCUGGUGGGGGCGCUGGUGGGCGGCAUCAUCUUCGGCACCGACCACAAAUCGCCUCCGGUCAUGGACUCCAGCAUCUACUUCCUGUAUCUCCUGCCACCCAUCGUGCUGGAGGGCGGCUACUUCAUGCCCACCCGGCCCUUCUUUGAGAACAUCGGCUCCAUCCUGUGGUGGGCAGUACUGGGGGCCCUGAUCAACGCCUUGGGCAUUGGCCUCUCCCUCUACCUCAUCUGCCAGGUGAAGGCCUUUGGCCUGGGCGACGUCAACCUGCUGCAGAACCUGCUGUUCGGCAGCCUGAUCUCCGCCGUGGACCCCGUGGCUGUGCUGGCCGUGUUUGAGGAAGCGCGUGUGAAUGAGCAGCUCUACAUGAUGAUCUUUGGGGAGGCCCUGCUCAAUGAUGGCAUUACUGUGGUCUUAUACAAUAUGUUAAUUGCCUUUACAAAGAUGCAUAAAUUUGAAGAGAUAGAACCUGUCGACAUUUUGGCUGGAUGUGCCCGAUUCAUCAUUGUGGGGCUUGGAGGGGUAUUGUUUGGCAUCGUUUUUGGAUUUAUUUCUGCAUUUAUCACACGUUUCACUCAGAAUAUCUCUGCAAUUGAGCCACUCAUCGUCUUCAUGUUCAGCUAUUUGUCUUACUUAGCUGCUGAAACCCUCUAUCUCUCCGGCAUCCUGGCAAUCACAGCCUGUGCAGUAACAAUGAAAAAGUAUGUGGAAGAAAACGUGUCCCAGACAUCAUACACGACCAUCAAGUACUUCAUGAAGAUGCUGAGCAGCGUCAGCGAGACCUUAAUCUUCAUCUUCAUGGGUGUGUCCACCGUGGGCAAGAAUCACGAGUGGAACUGGGCCUUCAUCUGCUUCACCCUGGCCUUCUGCCAAAUCUGGAGAGCCAUCAGCGUAUUUGCUCUCUUCUAUAUCAGUAACCAGUUUCGGACUUUCCCCUUCUCCAUCAAGGACCAGUGCAUCAUUUUCUACAGUGGUGUUCGAGGAGCUGGAAGUUUUUCACUUGCAUUUUUGCUUCCUCUGUCUCUUUUUCCUAGGAAGAAAAUGUUUGUCACUGCUACUUUAGUAGUUAUAUACUUUACUGUAUUUAUUCAGGGAAUCACAGUUGGCCCUCUGGUCAGGUACCUGGAUGUUAAAAAAACCAAUAAAAAAGAAUCCAUCAAUGAAGAGCUUCAUAUUCGUCUGAUGGAUCACUUAAAGGCUGGAAUCGAAGAUGUGUGUGGGCACUGGAGUCACCACCAAAUGAGAGACAAGUUUAAGAAGUUUGAUCAUAGAUACUUACGGAAAAUCCUCAUCAGAAAGAACCUACCCAAAUCAAGCAUUGUUUCUUUGUACAAGAAGCUGGAAAUGAAACAAGCCAUCGAGAUGGUGGAGACUGGGAUACUGAGCUCUACAGCUUUCUCCAUACCCCAUCAGGCCCAGAGGAUACAAGGAAUCAAAAGACUUUCCCCUGAAGAUGUGGAGUCCAUAAGGGACAUUCUGACAUCCAACAUGUACCAAGUUCGGCAAAGGACCCUGUCCUACAACAAAUACAACCUCAAACCCCAAACAAGUGAAAAGCAGGCUAAAGAGAUUCUGAUCCGCCGCCAGAACACCUUAAGAGAGAGCAUAAGGAAAGGCCACAGCCUGCCCUGGGGAAAGCCGGCUGGCACCAAGAAUAUCCGCUACCUCUCUUUCCCCUACGGGAAUCCUCAGUCUGCGGGAAGAGACACAGGGGCUGCUGAGUUCUCAGAUGAUGACAGCAGUGAUGCAGGAUCCCCAUCCAUCAUGUUCAGCGCACUCUCUCGGAUAGGGUCACUUCAGAAGCAAGAGGCACAAGAAAUAAUACCGAUGAAGAACCUACACAGAGGAAGGAAGGCAUUCAGCUUUGGUUAUCAAAGAAACAUAAGCCAAGAAGAGUACUUGGGUGGAGUAAGGAGGGUGGCUUUAAGACCCAAACCUCUGUUUCAUGCAGUGGAUGAGGAGGGUGAGUCUGGAGGGGAGAGUGAGGGCAAAGCCUCUUUGGUUGAGGUUCGGUCGAGGUGGACAGCUGACCAUGGACAUGGCAGGGACCAUCACAGGUCCCACAGUCCUUUGCUCCAAAAAAAAUAG